CAGGGCUUUAAAAACCUCAUGGAUGGAUAUUCUGGAACUUAAUAAUAAAAUCAACGGAACUGUACCCGUCAAGUCUAACAAAACAAGCCAAAAACAAGUUGCUAAAAUGAAGAUGAGCAAAGUAGGUAACCAGACGAACUCUCAGGACCCUCAAGCGGUCAACUCGAGAGUGUUUGUCGGAAACCUCAAUACAUUCCAGUGUUCUAAGACGGACGUGGAGCGGAUGUUUCAACGCUACGGCCGAUUAGCUGGGAUCUCCAUGCACAAAGGGUACGCUUUCGUCCAAUUCACAAACCCAUUCGAUGCCAGAAGCGCAUGUCUGGGAGAAGACGGCAGGACAGUACUUAGUCAAAUUUUAGAUGUUAAUAUGGUAGCUGAACCUAAACCACACCAAACAGGAAGAAAACGACAAAAUGUUGCGAAAACGGGAAACGAUUGGGAUUAUUACUACGACAGUUAUUACGCAUCGACAGCAUUUCCUGUCGGGCCACCAAGGCUUGUUCCGCCCUUGAAAAGACAGCGAUUGAUGACCAGUACAGCUAGAAACAAAACCAAUCAAUCUACGAAAGCCAACGUGACACCACCGUUGGAUCAACUAAAAGUUUACAGCAAUCCCGACAUACUAAUUUGCGGUAACUGCAGGGAGAUGUUCACCGAUCUUCAUGAACUUGUCGACCAUAAGAAAACCUAUUGUAAACUACGCUUCACUUGUAAAUGCGACACAUUCAAUAAAUCGAAAUCGACACCGGAUGAUAAUUCUUCAGCAUCUCUCCUCUGUGUACAAUGUAAAGAUGCCUUCCAAAAUGCCUGGGAUUUAAUGGUACAUGCCCAAGCAGCCCACAUGCUUAAUAUUUAUGAAUUAGGCGUGCCUACAAUUGGAAAUUGUUCGUCCCCUCCAAUAUCACCUAGAGAUAAUAGCACACCAGACAAGGAAAAUAAAAAUGACACGGUAGAAGGUGAAGAAGAAAACGGCGAUGGUGAUGGUGACCAUGAUUUCUUGGAAAAUGGUCGUGAUGGUCUUACGGGUACGCCAGAUUCAAGUCAUUCCAGAAACGAAAAAGAACUGGAAGAUUUAAUGGACGUAGACACAACAGCUAAAACUUGUAUAAUGCAUGCUUUGAGUAUCGUGAGUGCCCCGGCUUCUCAACCAGGUUCAUCGCCUCCACCUUUAGCAGCGGUGGCACCGUUAACAACAGCAGAUGAUUGGAAACCCACCGCCCACACACGUUUAUCUCCGAAACUAAGGCACGAGCCGUAUUAGUUUGUCCGAAACAAGAACAAAAAAAUUACAUUAGAUUGCCAUCUACGAAAGGAACAGCCCAAUUCUUCUUCCCCGGUGAUUUAUUAAAUAUAUUUACUUUUGGACGUAGAUUUGAUUGCGUUUUGUAGCCUUUUUUUUUAGAGUUAUUCUUCAUACGAGUUUUUGCUUGCUUAGAAAUAUAUUUAGAAACCAGGCGAACUUGAAUUGAAAUUCAAUUAUAUAAAAUAUUUUUACCAACCAAAUUCUUUUCGUUAAAAGAUUGAUAUUUUUGUGCAAAGUUCGAAUCGUAAAUAAUAAAUAGAAACAUGAACAGGUGUACUUGUUAGUGUUAAUUUCAACAUUUCAGAACGUAUAACGUAGCGAUAAGGGUGUUUUAUAAAUUAGAGACGCCAUAGUAAUCAUCCAAAAAAGAAUUUUACCAAAUUCCGGUGCAAGAAAUCCUUCUUGAAACAUUUUUUGAAUUAAAUAUAACGAUAUUAGACGGAAUUCUUGUAUCGGCUUAAACCAAAACGAAGAAUCCAAAAUGAGAAAAAGUACUUGUAAAUACUUAUUGUAAAUUGUGCGAACGCAAAAUCGACAUAUCAUCUUAAAUUAUAAGGUAGUACUGGACCUUUGAAGUGAUGCAAACCUUAUCGUUUUUCGAAAAUUUUCUGUGUAGAAAACAAAAUUCGUUUGUAUUUGUAUUUAUUUUUUUGAUCGGCUAUUUACAAAAGAAAAUUAUUGCAGAUAUAUUUGUAAUGUAUAGAAGAGAUUGUCGAGAAAUUCUAUAUUAUAAAUUAAAAAGAAAUAGGUAAAUACAUAAAUAAAAAUUUUAAGACCAAUUUUUAAGAAAUUUGUUGCCUGAUCUGAGAGAAAAAAUAUGAUUAGUAUAUUAAUUAAUUAAUAAAAUAGCAAGAAGUUUCAUUCAAUUUCCGAGAUGGAAAAUUCGAAUAAAAACGGUCUUCUAUGCUACAAUCAUCUCUGCCUUGUACGUUAUUACUCCGUACGGCUUCUGUUGUAUCUCCCUUCCGUUUUUUGGAAUCUCGCUGACGACCAUGGUAUCUAUAUGUACAUGUAACAUAUACUCUAUGAUAUAUAUGCUAGUCAUUAAAUAUAAUUGUCCUCCAUUGUAAAA